UUAGCACUCUGGGCCCUAAUCACACAUGUGAUGUAUAUGCAGGACUAUUGGAGGACUUGGUUGAAAGGCCUGAGGUUCUUCAUGUGUGUUGGCAUUUUCUUUGGCAUACUCUCCUUGGUGGGAUUCUGUACAUUCCUGGCCCUGGCCAUCAUGAAGAAGCAAUCCUUUACGGACCCACAGAGCUACUAUCUGUCCUGCAUCUGGAGCAUCCUUUCCCUCAAAUGGGCUUUUCUCCUCGGCUUAUACUCUCAUCGGUACAAGAAGGAGUUUGCGGACAUCAGCAUUCUGAGUGACUUCUGAGAUCCUGGAUGUCCGUCCCAUCAAAGAAAGACCUUGAAGGGUCAAGGAAGGCUGUUGUUCAUCUGAUUGACAGUUGGAGGCAAGGGGUUGGCCAGAAGGCGGCUGAAAGAAACAGACAGCAGGUGCCUGACCUGCUUCUGCAUUUUCUUUGCUUCCUAAUUGCUUUUGUCCAGUCAUUCGCCCUUUUGACUAGUUCUCUUUGUCCGUGUGCGCUCAUCAUUCACGAAGACUUUGUUGUUUGGAUGGAUGUCUCACGAUGUCUAGCAGGACCUGAGUUUUUGUCCCAAGUCUCUAAUAUCUAUGACCUAUGGCAUUUUUCAUAGUUGUUGUUUUUUCUUUAAUGAGAAGCAACUCCCCCUUUUGGGGUGGGGGCAGGGGCAAGGUCUAUGAUCCAGUCCUAUAAAGCAAGGAUUGAUUUGUACUCCUUUCAUACAGAUGUAUUUUUAUAGCUCAAGGUGUGAAUCCAUUUUAAAACUUUUUUAAAGCAAGCUUUUCCUCCCUUCCCUGGUGCUUUGGUGGGGAGGCUUGCGUAUGUGCUGCUGGCGUGGUGAUCACAGUUUAGGGACAAGAAAUGUAUGUUGUGAACAAAACUCUGCACCUCUUUUUUUUUUCUUUAAACUUUAAAUAACUUUAAAUAGUUAUGAUGGAUGUUUCUUUAAUUUGAGUUAGACAAAGCUAAAUACUGUUGCAAAGGCCCCUGGAGUUGAAGACUGACCAUGUGGGUGAAGAAGGAAAAUAACAUUCCUAUCCAUACAUUUCCCCUUCCCCUGUAGCUAUCUGGACAACAUAGGCAAGGACCUGGAGAUUUCCAGAUGUUGUUAAUUACAGCUGCCAAUAGCCUCAGCCAGUGGUCUGGGCUUCAAAAGUAUCUGGAAGUUCCUUCUCCAUAAUGUCAUUAUCACUUGAUUUUGUUUUUUUGCUUUUUCUAAAACUGAUAUUUUAUAAAGUGAGCAACUGAGAUAUUUUAGGAAUGGGGAAGCCAGUUCCUUCUUUGGAGUCAACUUCAUUCUCUAAUUCUUGAAGACUGGGACAAAAAUAGAUAAUUACCACGAUUAUUUUAUUCUCUGAUUUUUUACUUCUGGUUGAAUAGGAAUUCAGGGUUGAAUAAGUUGGACUGUUGGCCUAUGGGAUGGUCAUCCCUUUAACUGACUCACUUUUUGCGGCAUAUAUCCGGCAUAAACUAAUUCACAAAAAGAAGUUUUUGUUUUAACCAAACGCUUCGCUGAGUUAGAUCAAGCUUUGUGUGAGAUAGAGUUGAAGAAGUGGGGUGGGUGCCACUUGUGAGAAGAAAUGGUGGCUUGGGAAUUUCUCUGCCUCUCCUGAACACAUUUUUGUCAUUGUAAUGUCACUUUAAAUGUUUCGGUAGUUACACCGAGGAUGUGUUUGAAAGGGGAUGUGUUGCACUGUUCCUCCUUCACCUAUUUUCUCCCCUUUUUGCUUACACUGGGAUGUGCAAUCCUCCUUGAAGUUUCUGUCUUUCCGCCCUACUCUAAAAGCCCUUGGUACUUCCUUGAGGCUUACAAUUGUCCUCCAUCCAAAGGAUAGAUUAGUGAAAUUUGGAGUAACCUUAAUUUGAAUGCAGAAUUAUAGAGAAUGACUUGUCUUUUAAACUUCUGCAUCUUUACCUGUUAAAUGCGCAGACCAAUAUUUCUCAACCUUGGCAGCUUGAAGAUGUGAGGACUUUGACUCCCAGAAUUCUCCAGUCAGCAUGUUGACUGGGGAAUUCUGAGAGUUUUGAAGUUCACAGAUGUUGAAGCUGCCGAGGAUGAGAAACGCUGGCAUUGACUUUUAUGUAGAAUGAUCUCUAAUCAGGCAACUGUGGUCAACCCAAUUGUUCCUAAUGUGUCAGGAAGCACUGGGAUGAGAAUCAAGUGGUUCAUGGCUCCCUUUGGGUUAAUGGGCUGUAAGGCAGAUAUAGAGAUGUUUCAAGUUUAUUGAUGAACUCCUCAGCCUUCAAAUGCCAUCCUGUUUGUCAAAUACGAUACAUGGUACUUUCAUCAGGGUUGGUGAUCUGCACUGCAGGGAUCGGGUUUCUCGGGACUUUUUUUUCCCCAAUGGCACAAAAGGGAUUUGAUAAAUUCAGGGACACCAAAUCUUCAUGGGAAAUUUAAGAAAAUUUAUUAGAACAGAUCUAUUUAGCUCAAAGUACUCCGUAGAACGAAGGUACUAAUAUAGUAAUAUAUCAUUUACUAGGGAGGUUGUGGUGAAGAAAAAGGUAGCCGGCCUGAUGCCAAGCAGUGGAGAAGGUGGGCCUUUGUGUCCAUGCUGUGAUUUUAUGUAUGCAGAGGACCCAAUGGUGACGCAAACCUUCAUCCGCUCUAUUUAAUCUCACUGUUUCAUGCUUGCUGAAACUCACAUGAUAGAAUGUUUUGUGUUUUGCUUUCUCCUCUCCAUGUGCAAUAGGUAUGUGACAGGAAAAUGGUUCACCCAGGUGAAGGAUGUUCGCAUGCCAUUUUUUUCUUAUUAAUAAAAUAAAAUGGUCAAAAAA